CUCUCUCACUCUCUCUCUCAGUCAGUCAGGAGGAGUCUGUAUGGGACGCUGUCACUCUGGAGUUGUCUGCACACUGGAGAGCUGUGUUUCUACUGACCUCUGCACAUUGGAAUACUGAGCCUCUUUUUUUUCCUGUCUCACUCUCUUCGUUCUCAUCCGGGGGAAGGAAUUCUGGCAGAGCAAUCGAAAGGAACUUUUUUCAUUCUUCCUCCUUUUCACACACACACACACUACAUUUGUUUUUCUUUGGUGUGUAGCCUGCAGUGGUGGGCGCAGACGUUUGUAGUGUUUGUGUGGAUGAGUGGAUUCUAAAAAAGAGACAUGCUGCAAAAUGGCAUGGUUGGUGCCAACAGCACUACAGCCACCACUGAGAUACCAGACCUCAAUGAGAGGAGAAUCAGGCGACUCAGAUUAACCCUCCGGCCUGAUGACAGUCCGAAAACUCAGAAUGAAUCUGUCAACUCUGGGGAGAAAGUGGUCAAUGGCACCUGGAAGAAGAAAAAUGGGCUCAUGCAGAGAGAAAGACCUCCUGGGAGAGAAUCACCUCAACCAGAAGACAAGCACCCUGUGACCAAUGGCAUUGGCAGGGAACAGACCGCUCAGCAUGGGCCCAGAGUGUAUGGUGUGGUGCAGAGCUCGGGCACCAACCAACAACAGGAAGUGAUGGCACGAGAGUGGUCUGUCAAUCAGCUGAGAGACGAGAUGAGGUACAUCCGAGAGGUACGUGACUCUUUGGAGAAAGUCAGAGAGCGGAUGUAUGGCCAGUUUGGGGGGAUGCAGCAAUCAAUGCAAAAAUUAACUCAAGAAUUAAAGGCAGCCAACUCUCAUAAGCGUUAUCUAGAGUCAGAGGUGAAGACGAGAAGGGCAGCUAUGGAAAGCUUUGACCAGAUGAACAACUCCCUUAUAUCAGCAAACAUUGAUCUACAGAAAACGUUGCUGGAAAGCUGUAAUAACCGUGUGGGCAACAGGGAUGAGAUGAAAACUCUGCGCAGCUCAAUGGAAAAAACAGAGGAGAAACUGAAGGAAACGGAGAGACAGUUAGCAGCAGCACAGGCUGAAAACCGCACACUCAAACACCAGGUGGAGACUUCUCAGGAGGCGAACACACAAGCACUGAAGGAGCUGAGUGCAAAGCUGCAGAGGGAAUAUGAGGAACAGCUGCAGGAACAGCAGAGGAAGUACAGAGAGGAGAUCGAGGCUCUGCAGGCACAGCUUGACGACUAUAUAAAAAGGCUUGAGGAGGCCGAGAAAAAUGCUCAGAUUGCUGAGGCAAAGAUUGCUGAAAGAGACCAAAGAAUUACAGAAGUGGAGAGGCUGCUGAACUGUAUGGCUCAGGAGAAGGGUGACCUGAUAAAAAGGCUUUGUGAUUGUGAGCAACGCUUGCGUGGUUUGGACGAAACUGACUAUGCAGACAAAGCUGCGGCCAAACAGUCCGAGCAACUGAAAGGAGAAGCAGCAGAAUUGAGAGAAAGAAUAAAGCACCUCAACGACAUGGUGUUCUCUCAGCAGAGGAAGGUCAAGGCCAUGAUAGAAGAGGUUGAAACAUUGAGAGCCAAAGUUGCACAGAAGGAUAUGUUCAUCACUGAGCUGCUGGACAGGAUUGCUAUUGUAGAGUGUGAGAAUAAUGAGUUAGAAGACAAGUUGAAGUAUUUUAUGUCUAUACAGAAAGCAUCUGAGAUUAAAGUGUCCACCAGGGACAUUGGAGUUGGCUGUGACCUGCCUGUUAGAUCUGAAGAACCGCCAUAUGUUGCUCCAUUCCAACCCAACCAUGUCUCAUCAGCUCCAAGAUCCUCUAGCAGACUGAGCAAUAGUUUACUUAAAUACACUCCCGGUCAGUACAGCACGAUGCUGCGGUCCACUGUAGUACAUACACAAGAAACUAUGACCAAUACCACACAAACUACACCUCCAUCUUCACUUCACGGUCAGUCCAGGCAUGAAGGCAGUGAAUCUGAAUCUCCAGCGGCCUCAGAAGUGUCUUCUUGCAUCAGCCCCAGAGCGAGAACCAGCCCAUCGCAGGUCUACACUCCUUUCAUGAGGCUGAUGGAGAUGAGUGCUAAGAUGAACAUUGAAUGAAUGAAUGUCUACUAAAAAGGCAGUGGCAGAAGCUAAUGGAACAUGAAGUAUUUGUGUUUUGUUACUGUUGGUGUAACACUACAGCAUAUGUAAAUAACCUACUGAUCUGUGAAUAACUUAUUUUAGUAGAAUAUACUGAUGCACUCUAUUUUGCUUUGUUUACAAAAAAAAAACUAGUGAUUUUAUGUGACAGCCCUCUAUAUUUUACUGUUAUCUAUUUAUAUUUACGUUUUCUGAGCCCAUUUUUGCCUAGAUUGUUUCCUAAAGUGUAUUACCCAGAUAUUAUUUUGUUAUAUAAUAAUAUUCAGUGGGCUCUUUAUAUGAGGUUUAAUUUUUAGCAAAAGGAUUGAUGGUAUGAACUGCGAUCAAAGCUCUAGUUUGUUUUUUCAGUUAAGCACUUUUCCUGCUAGAGCAGCUGAUGUGCAGCCUCCAGCUUAUUUACCUUUUUAUUGUUGUUUUUUUAUCAUUUGAUGACACAUUCAUAAUGCUAUUCUAUAAAACAUCGGUUAUGGAUCCAUAUUGUUCUGGACCACAGUACAUUACCAAGACAUGAAAACUGCAGAGAGGAAAAAGGGCUCUGUUCACAGCGUUGAUGUGUUAAUGCACUUCCUGAAGACUCACUUCAGUUGCCAAAUUCAUGAUUUAUGAUGACUGCAGAUGAAGGUUUAUAAAGUACAUUUGAGUCUUUACUGGUAAUAAAAAACACUAAAAUAUAUUUGGUAUUAAAUGUUUUUCACCCACAGAGCACUAUAUUUAGACAUAACUGGGUAUAUUGUUCAAUAAAUAAAAUGUCCAAACCUA